CCUCUAGUACUUCGCACUGGGUUCAUAUCCAAAAACUGAAUUUUGAAAGAACGACCUAAAUCGCGCCUAUUAAAUCAAAUAAAAAUGUUUAAAUUGGUCCGCCAGCUUCUGCCGCAGCAGCGGAUCCUUGCCAACGCCGUGGGCCUGCCUCGGGUUAUCUCUACCAGCAACGAAGUCAACUCAGAGCCCAUUAUCAAGUCGGUUGGCGGCUUGCCCACUGAACUGGUCACCGAGCAGAAGCUGAAGAAGACGAGCAGAACCUUAUCGACGCUCCAAAAUCACUCCGUUCCCAUUGCGGCCCGCGUCACGGUGUCGAAAGAUGAAAGCCGCGACUUUAUGGCCGUGUUCCCAGAUCUUGUGCGUGACAUCACCACCGUGACAAAGACGUACAACUGCAAUGAUGCUGCCAAGUGGUUCGCCCAGGUCCUUCAAUACAAUGUGCCCAGGGGCAAGAAGAACCGUGGCAUCCUUACCGUUUUGACUUACAAGAAUCUGGUGCCGGCACAGGAUCUCACUCCGGAGAACAUAAAGCUGGCCCAGUACCUGGGCUGGUGCGUGGAAAUGCUCCAGAGCUUCUUCAUUAUCUCGGACGAUGUGAUGGACAACAGCACUACCAGAAGAGGCCAGCCGUGCUGGCACAAGGUCGAGAACGUUGGGCUGACCGCCAUCAAUGAUGCCCUAAUGAUCGAGAAUGCCAUGUAUGCCAUACUGAAGAUGCACUUCAGCCACUUGGAUUGUUAUGUGGCCCUGAUGGAGCUCUUCCAUGAAAUCACCUACAUCACCACUUGCGGCCAGUCGCUGGAUCAGCUCAACUCGAAUCGCAGUGUCUCGGAGUUCACAAUGGAAAACUACAAGGCGAUUGUGGAAAACAAGACUGCCUACUAUUCCUUUUACCUGCCCUUCGCAAUUGCUUUACACUUGGCUGGAUACAAAGACGCCGAGGCUUUCCGGCAGUCAAAGACCAUUCUCCUGGAAAUGGGCAACUUCUUCCAGGUACAGGACGACUUCCUCGAUUGUUUCGGCAAUCCGGAAGUGACGGGCAAGAUUGGGACAGACAUUCAGGACAACAAGUGCUCUUGGCUGGCUGUGGUGGCUAUGCAACGAGCCAAUGCCGAGCAGAAACAGAUCAUGAUCGAUUGCUAUGGCAAGGAAGAUCCCGCCAAGGUAAACAGAGUCAAGGAGCUGUACAAGGAGCUCGGACUGCCAUCUACUUAUGCCACGUUUGAGGAGGAAUCUUACAACAUGAUCAAAACCCACAUACAACAAACCUCCCGCGGGGUGCCGCACCAGACCUUCCUGCAAAUCCUCAACAAAAUCUACCAACGUGACUCCUAGGUGAAUCGGUUUUUAUAUAUUGUAGUUUUUAGUUUUUACAUGGAUGAACUGUUAGCAUGGGCUCAGCAAUUACAAACGAAAUGGAAUUUUAGCUAUA